UUACUGGUUAAAGUUAAAACAGUCCCUUCAGACAUCAACGGAAAAUGAAAAUGAUGUUAUUGCAACCUAAACCCUAAACCCCCAAAAUUCGAAAAUCAAAAUGCACUUACGCCAAGCUCAAUCUCUAUACAAAACCUUCUUUUCCCGCCACAUCAGUUCAUUACCAAAACUCGCCAAGAUCCCCUCAAGGUACAGACCGCAAGCAAUCCAACAAGCCCAACAAAUUAUCACUGACUAUCUCCACUCCACCAGGUCUUUGCCCUAUACAUACGCUGAGCACAUUGGCAAGAACUCCCUAUAUUCUGUCUCUAAUCUAAUUGCUAAGCUCGAUUUCGCGGCUCCCAGUUUCGCCACGUCGCUUCGGAAGUUCCUCAGGUACCACCCAAUCAAUGAAUUCGAGUUUUUCCUCGAGAGUAUUGGCAUAGACCAUGAUGAGGUUUCCAUAUUUUUGCCAUCCAAUAAGUUUUUCUUCUCGGAGGACCGGACUAUGUUGAAUGUAGCUUGUGUGCUGAAUAGUUUUGGGUUUCCUUGGAACAAGUUGGGUAAGUUGUAUAAAGAGGAAAUUUCCAUCUUUAGGAAGAGCUCGGAGGAUAUUACAUCUAGGCUUUCUGCUUGUAAAAAUCGUGGGUUUAAUAAUAUUAUGGUGACAGGUAUCAGUCUAGCUUUUCCUCGUCUCUUGGGUGGAGAUGGUGACGAGAUUGAUUCUUUAUUAGAUCAUUUGAAAAGAGUUUUUGUGGAUUGUGAUUUGGCGAGUUGUGUUGACAGCAAUGUCAAUGUUUGGUAUGAGAUUUGUAGGAAAAUUAGAGUUUUCUAUAAUUUGGGAUGUGAGAAGGGAGAGAUUGGGGACUUGAUGGGUAAGAGCAAAGAUCGUUUUCUUAAAUAUCCGGAAGAUGUUUUGGUCCAAAAGGUUGAGUAUUUCUGUAGAUUUGGCGUGAAGAAAGAAAAUGUUGGUCUUCUGCUUCUUCAGAGUCCUGAGAUUCUGAGUUUUGAUCUGGAGACUCCGGUGAUUUCAAUCAUGGGGAUAUUGAAGCAUUUUGGACUGAAUGAUGAGGAACUGAAACCUGUUGCUCAAAAUUACCCUUACAUAUUUGGCAGAAACAAAAUGGUUAAUUUGCCUCAUUCCAUGAGAGCUUUGAAUCUUCAUCAAUGGUUCUUCGAUAGGAUUAAGAAUGGAAAUCAUAACUUGUUAGCAAAUUAUGCCUUAGAUGACCCUGAUGAAGACAUAGAUAAAGAAUUCAAGGAGAGCUUAAAUAAGAUUCAAUCCUCAAGAACACCCUUUUACACAAUGAAUAAGUUGAAUUUUCUGCAUGGCAUAGGGUUUGGACAGAAUAUUUUAACAAUAAAGGUGUUAGAACAUAUGCAUGGCACUAGCAGUGAGUUACAGGACCGUUUUGAUUGUCUACUUGGAACUGGGAUCAAAUUCUCCAAGCUUUGUAUGAUUAUUAGAUUAGCACCGAAGAUCAUGAAUCAAAAGCCAGAGACUUUAGAACAGAAAGUAAAUUUUCUCUGCCAAGAGAUGGAUGCUUCCUUGGACUACUUGAAUGUUUUCCCAGCUUUUCUGUGUUUUGACUUGGAUAACCGGAUUAAGCCCAGGUACAGAUUCCACAAAUGGCUUACAGAAAACGGACUGUGUGCCAGAGAGUACUCUAUUGCAAGCAUAGUUGCUACUAGUGAAAAGAAUUUUGUAGCUCGCCUCCAUGGUAUCCACCCUGCUGCUCCAAAACACUGGUUUGAGUGUUUCUUAGACAGAAAACCCAAUCGCAGCCACUAAGAGCCAUUGGUUGAUCUUGUUAUAUAUGUGGCAAGUUGUGGUGUUUAACAGAAGGCUGCUUCACAAUUGAUGUGUAGUUCCCAUCCUUUGAAAUGAAAGGCUAGGAUUUUCAGGGAACUUGUAAACAAAAUUUGGUUUCUUGGAUUGGCCUGUCAAGGAAGAUCUUUAAACAGGUUGCUGAUUGUUUAUGAAACCAUCAGCUAUUCUUCUUGGAUCCUGGUCAUGCAGCUGCUUGUGCUUAGAUGAGAAUAUCACUUUUUAGCAGCAUUUUUGGAUUGAUUAGCCUUGCUGCAAGUCACCUAUGUUGCUUGUGAAUUUGGCUGCAGCAAUAAAAGAAUUGUCUUGUUAGAGUGAA